AUCUUAUUUUUUUAAAAGGACCUUAUCUUCACCAUACCUGGUUGUCCAAAUUAGGAAUAAUAAUGUGUUAAUUCCACGACUGUAUAUAUCGGUAUCGGUUGAUAUCGGUAAUUAAGAGUUGGACAAUAUCGGCAAUAAAGCCAUUAUCGGACAUCCCUAAUUUCAAUCUGUUAUUUAUCCUCCGUGUUAGCGGAGUGCAACAUGUAAACACACACGCAUGUUGACAUCCAUGCGCGCACUCGCGUCGUCGUGCUCGAGCCUCAGGUAGUAGCCCCUCCCCCCCCCCGGUGCUCCAUCCUCUCCAACAAUGCUAACAGCCAAGCUAAGCUAACAUGACUUCUUCUUGCCGAGCUUCCCGCCUCCCGCCCGGUCUCCUGCCUCAGUGUCUGCAAUGACCUCUGACCCGGCUGACCCAUUUGUCUGUCCACUGCAGCUGAAGGACUUUUGAGAGGAGGUCAAAGUUCAUCAGGCAGGAUGAAAGGGGUAUUUAUCAGCCAGCAUCAGCGCCCUUAAUAGUCUGGAAUCUGUUGGAGUUUUCUCCCCCGCUGGAACUGACUGCCUUUCGAAAUGGCCGCCUGGACGCGACGGAGGCUCGGGAGCUGAUCCCCGCCGGGGUCGUGCGCAGCGGGGAGGCGGCCCGGCGUCCAUCAUGUCCUGGAAGAGGAACUACCUGGCGGCGGGCGUCUGCGCAGGCGCGGGGGCGGCCGUCGGCGCGGCGACGGGAGGCGUCACAGGUGGCGGGAUGCAGGGAAUGCUGACGCCUCGCACCGUGACCUCCAUCGCUCCCAGUAAAGGACUGAGCAACGAGCCGGGACAGAACAGCUGCUUCCUCAACAGUGCCCUGCAGGUCCUGUGGCACUUGGACAUUUUCCGCCGUAGUUUCAGGCAGCUGACGUCUCACAAGUGCAUGGAGGACUCGUGCAUCUUCUGCGCUCUGAAGAACAUCUUUGCUCAGUUCCAGUACAGCAGCGACACCGUGCUGCCCUCCGACGCCCUCCGAAGCGCUCUGGCUAAAACCUUCCAGGACGAGCAGAGGUUCCAGCUGGGCAUCAUGGACGACGCCGCCGAGUGCUUCGAGAACAUCCUGAUGAGGAUCCACUUCCACAUCGCCGACGAGUCCAAAGAAGACAUCUGCACUGCCAGACACUGCAUCCCUCACCAGAAGUUUGCCAUGACGCUCUAUGAACAGUGUGUGUGCAGCAGUUGCGGAGCCUCUUCAGACCCACUACCCUUUAUUCAGAUGGUCCAUUACAUCUCCACCACCUCGCUGUGCAACCAGGCGGUGAAGAUGCUGGAGUCCCGACAGAACGCCACCCCUGGAAUGUUUGGGGAGUUGCUGAGGAACGCCAGCAUGGGCGACCUGCGCAGUUGUCCUAGUCAGUGCGGCCAGCAGCUGAGGAUGGCUCGCGUCCUCCUCAACAGUCCAGAGAUCAUCACCAUCGGCCUGGUUUGGGACUCGGACCACUCGGACCUGGCAGAGGACGUCAUCCACACGCUGGGCACCUGCCUGCACCUGGGAGACUUGUUCUACAGGGUGACGGAGGAGAAAGCUCGCCAGGCGGAGCUCUACCUAGUGGGCAUGGUGUGUUACUACGGCCGACACUACUCCACCUUCUUCUUCCAAACCAAAAUCCGACGCUGGAUGUACUUUGACGACGCGCACGUCAAGGAGAUCGGUCCCAAGUGGAAGGACGUGGUGUCGCGCUGCAUCAAGGGCCACUACCAGCCCCUCCUGCUGCUGUACGCCGACCCGCGCGGGACCCCCGUGUCGGCCCGGGACCUGCAGCACAUCACCAAGGCGUGCUACGACAGCGAAGACUCGGGCCGCGAGCCGUCAAUCUCAAGCGACACUCGCACCGACUCUUCGACGGAGAGCACCUCGUCCCGGCAGCCCCCCCGCUGGCAGCAUGACUCCCAGGCCUCCGCCGUCCGCCGGCCACACCCCGACGGGCCGCGCCACGCCUCGCUCUGCAGCCUGGACGCCGUAGGCAACGUGACGGACGGCGCUCCGCGGAAGGGAGGCGGGGCCAGGGACAAGAGGCGGAGCUCGAGCCGCCUCCGGCAAUCUAAAGCCGACCAGGGAGCCUCGUCAGCCGGUUACCACAGUGAGGGGGAGACGCUAAAGGAGCAGCAGGUUCCUCGCCAAGCCCCCCGGUCUUCUUCAGGCAACCUCCUGCGCGACUUCAAGGAGACCAUGAGCAGCAUCCUCCACAGCCGGCCCCUCUCCUCCUCCUCCACGGCCUCCCUGCCGGCCGCCGCCAUCGCCUCCGAAUCCAAAUCCGCUUCGUCGGGCAGGCCCCGGCCGGCGUGGAGGCCCCGCAGGGAGGCGCUGAACAUCGACAGCAUCUUCGCCAGGGAGAGGAGGAGCAGGCAGGCCGGCUACAGCCCGCUAGGGAGAGGUCUCGCCUCGGAGGACGGCGGCGGCGCCGCUUCGACGACCAAUCGUGGGGCGGCGUCCGUCUCCUCCUGGACUCUCCCGGCAGGGGGCGGUAGAGAGCAGGCCCCGCCUCCCAGGCUCAUCCAGAGGAUGGAGAGCGGCUACGAGAGCAGCGAGAGGAACAGCGGCAGUCCCACCAGCCUGGAUCUCAGCCUGGGAGAAAGGAAGUGUGCGGCGAAGACGUCGCCCUCUUCAGGACCGCCAUGGAAGAACACGCGGCCCAAGGACCUCAGCUCCGCCUCCAGGGCGAGCCCGGCGCCCCCCGUGGGCCGCAGCGAGCUGGACCAGCUGCAGGAGGAGGUGCUGAGGAGGGCGCGGGAGGAGGAGCGGCAGCGGCAGCAGGAGAAAGACAGGGAGGCGGCGCUCGGCUUCAACCCUCGACCCAGCAAGUACCUGGACCUGGAUCAGCUGCAGAUCCAAGGUAAAGGUGACAAUCUGGAGCGGCGUCUGUCGGAGGCGGAGCAUCUGUUAGACCAAUCGGUGCGUCUGGAGCAGGCGGGCGAGGUCGCCGCCGCCCUGUCCGCCGUCAAUGACGCCGUGUCUAAGUUACGUCCGGCAGGCGAGGGCGGAGCUACUCUCCACAGCCGGCUGCAGCGUUGCAUGAGGAGAGGCCGCAGCAUGCAGCAACGUCUGCAGCAUCUUCAUCCUCAUCCCCAUCCCCAUCAUCAUCAUCGUCAUGGCGCACAGGCAGGUCCCUCACCUGCUGAGGAACAGCCCAGUGAAGAGCCUGUCUCGCAGCAAGUACUUCUGACACUGGACAGCCAAUGGGCUUCCAGGCAGCACCAUCAGGGCCCGCCUCUUCCUCCUCCUCCCUGCCACGUUGCGCUGCUCUCUCCCCCGACGGCCUCAUCACCCGACGGCUCCACCCACAACGCCACCGUAACCGCCGACAGGGCCCCGCCCCCCAGUGUCGACACGCCCGCACCUGUUGGCUCCGGGUCACUUCCUGCUCGGGGUACUUUGGAACAGACACACCUGGCAGGGACCACCUCGCUGAAACCGACCGAGGAGGUGGACAGCGCCACCCGGUGGACCGGGACCCCGACACAAACCCCGCCCCCCAGCCGGGUACUUUCAGAAACCCCUGCACCCAAUACUGCCGCCAGGACCGAGCUGGUGGAGGCGGAGUCCUGUCACAUUGGACACACACAGGCCACGCCCCCUACCAGGAGCUGGUGUUGCCUACCUGAAGACCGUGGCAUGAAAGCACCAAUCACCUUGUCGCCCUCGCGCCCUCUGACCCCACCUGCCCACGCCUCUUCCUACCCAGAGGGCAGCAGAAGUGUGCUGCCGGUGGAGCGCUGGGCACAAAACAUCAGCAGAUACUACAGCUCCCACAAUGCACCUGGGUCUGACUACAGCUCCCACAAUGCACCCGUGUUCACUGACAGCUCCCACAAUGCACCUGGGACUGACUACAGCUCCCACAAUGCACCUGUGUUCACUGACAGCUCCCACAAUGCACCUGGGUCUGACUACAGCUCCCACAAUGCACCUGUGUUCACUGACAGCUCCCACAAUGCACCUGGGUCUGACUACAGCUCCCGCAAUACACCUGUGUUCACUGACAGCUCCCACAAUGCACCUGGGUCUGACUACAGCUACCACAAUGCACCUGUGUUCACUGGCAGCUCCCACAAUGCACCUGUGUUCACUGACAGCUCCCACAAUGCACCUGGGUCUGACUACAGCUACCACAAUGCACCUGUGUCCACUGACAGCUCCCACAAUGCACCUGGGUCCAACUACAUCUCCCACAAUGCACCUGGGCCCGAUUACAUCUCCCACAAUGCACCUGGAUCUGACUACAGCACCCACAAUGCACCUGGAUCUGACUACAGCUCCCACAAUGCACCUGUGUCUGAGCUGGACUGGCUGUACCAGAACAGCCUGAUGACUCCCAGCAUGCAACAGCUGGACUCACCUGUCAGCCUGCAUCCCAGCAGAGGACUGAAGAGGAUCACGUCUGGAUCGCGUCGCUCCAAAACACCGACGGCAGAGAUGGAGAGACACGCCUACUCAACACCUGCACCUCUCACCACCAAGGUGGAAGACGAGAGCUACAGUGUGGAGAAUUUGCGGCGCGUCACUCGCAGCCUCAGCAGCUCCGUCAUGGCAACCGUUGGCCCCGCCCACAGCCGUAACUCCUCCACCCUCCCCCGUCACCGCCCCUCAUCCCCCAGCACCGACCCCUCCCACCUCCGUCACUACCGCCCUCCACCACAGCACGCCCCCCCGCCGACGUCACCGCCCCCCAGCACCCGGGGACUCCCAGGACCAGGAAGGCGGACCCAGCAGGCGGCCAUGUUUGCUCCCGGCGGGCGCGAAGGAGUCGCCGUGAGUUACGCGACUCUUCCCCGCCCUCCUCGCCGAGCUCAGGCCGCCUCCUCCUCCACCUCCUCGCUCCCCAGGGGGGUCAGAGCCCCUCCCCCGGGGGGUCCGCAGAGUCUCUACGCCACCCUGUCCCGCCCUGCUCGCCAGCGUGAAAUUCCGCCAUCGCCGGGGGUUGAAUGGGGGCGGAGCCACCCCCAGCCGCUGCGCCUGGACAUGCCACCAGAGGGCGACUGGCGUAAGAGCGCCGCUCGCCUUCGCCAGACGCCCCCUCAGCUAUGCUCGCUGUGCCUUCAGCUUCCCGCCGAGCCGUCCCGCCCCUUUUGCGCGCCCUGCGCCGCCUACGUGGCUCGACGGCGCGCCGCCCGGUGA